UCUGUAAAUCUUCAACAGAAUCCUUGCUCAUGUUUUUAAUAUGCUGUCCCUACCCUCAGCUGUGCCUAGAAUCCUGACUUUUUACCCCAGUAAGAGAGUAAACAUCUAGUCUUCAGCCAAGUGCUGAGUGAAUGAGGGGUUAGGGGGUUUCUAAUUGUAUCUCAUAUAGACUUUCAGUCAGACAGACCCCUUGUAUUUGGCCCCUAGUUUCACCCCUACUCCCAAAGGGCUGGUUUAGGAUUCAGCCUUCUAAGUCAGUGAUCCAGCUGCUCAUCCACCUGCUUUCCAGUUUCCAUUACCAUUGUAAACCAGAAAGUAUCUGACACAGGUGUCCAUCAAUGUAGAGGUUUAUUUUGCCAAGGUUGAAGACGUGCCUGGGAUAAAGAUACGUAAGCCACAGUAGGAUCUGUAGCUUGUACUUUUUCUGAAGAGGAUUUCGAGGGCUUCAAUAUUUAAAGAGGAAAAGUGGGCAAAAGGGGAAAGGGCAAAGAAAAGAGGUCACAUUCUUGUGAAUCCACGUUACAUGUGAAAAUGAGGGGUAGAGGGAACAGUUAAUUAUGUAUUCAUCUUGUACUUAAUGAAUCUGCACUUUACAUAAGAUAAGCACUGAGUAGAGAAAGCAGUCAAAUAUGCAUUCAUCUUGGGGUAGAUGGGGACAAUUUCUAGUCUCCUCCUGUCCCAUACCAUGAGGAUAAAUUGUAAUUUACACUGUCAGGGUGAGGAAGGCCUGUGGUGGAGACAUGAGGCCUUCUAUCUGUGGCUGUCAGUUUAGGAACAAAAGAAAAGGCAGGCGUUUUAUUUGUUUGUUUUUUGUGACUCGGCUACCAAGCUUAAUUUUUCCCUAUUGGCAUAGUGAAUUUGGAGUCCUGAAAUUUCAUUUUCCUUUCACACCAUGUUGCUUUUGUCUUUGUCCUUUUCUCUUUGUUCUGGGGGUUUAGGCUUUACCCAAGUCUUUUUGUGGUUUUGAUGGUUUUUUUGGAGAGAUUGGAGGCUGAGUGUGUUUAGUCUUCCAUCUGUAACCAGAACCCUAACAUUUCUUGAAGUAAAAAAGGCAUCAUUACAGGGAAAAGACUGGAAAUUAUUGCUUAGUGAUUCCUGAUCAGUUUUCUUACUUCCUUCUACCCUCCUGAAAACCUUUUCCUGUCCUGUUUCACAUUCACAGGUUUCUACUAUCUCCUCAUUAAUCUGAUUGUAUAUAUUGACUAAUCGAGUCAUGCAAAUAAUAAUCAGACAUAUAACAAAUUGCUCCUUGCUCUUGAGAAUACAAUAUCAAGAGCCCAAAGUGUGUUGGAUACCUCCUCAUGGGCUCCCUUUAAGAGAAGUAAAUUGUGCUUCCUUUGAAAACAGUGCUAUUGCAUAUAGUUUGCAUCAUGGAGGAAAAAAAGGAAUUGUCAUUCUUGUCAGCUCAUUAUUUUAUUAUUGACUGGUUGGCUUUUUAAAGGUGAUGGGCAUCAUUUUUCUUUUCUCGGAAGAUGAUUUGUUAAUGUCAUAUUUAGCUCAUCUGCUUUGCUAAGGAUCUUUGGGGAUAACAUUUAAGUCACUUAUAAACUUAGACUUUGAGAGACAGACUCCUAAUAUCUAAAUUACAGUGGCAUAAGGAGGACUCUGGGAAGCCUGGAGAGCAGGUAACUGCAGCUGCACAUCCUCGAUGCCUUUUUACAUCUCUGGAAUCAGACUGGGUGUGUGUGAGCUUGUAACAUUAAACAUUUAUCUGUAUAGGUGAUGGGGGUGGACAUACACAAAACAGGAAAGAAUCGUGAUAACAAAAAUUGGACAGAGGGUGUGUGUGGAGGGCUGGGGAAGCUGGUUCUUCUUCCUGACAACCUUUGCAUUUUCCUUCAUAAUGUUUACAUACAGUUCAGCUGUUUGGCUUUGAUAUGCAGAGGGCCUGGGGUUCCCUUCAUCCUUUCUUUGUGCCUCCUCCAGCUGUCCCUGGGUUUAUUUAUUUCUUUUAACUGCUACUUAUAAUCCGUAGGUAGCCACAGACGACCAGGCCUUAAAGUGUGUUGGUGUAUGAACAUAAUUUUAGAGGCAAACAUCUUCUUCUUAUGUGCAGAGACAGAUGUGGCUGGGCUUUUCUUUUGUAGGUUUCGUCUGUGACAAGCAUGUUAUAUAAAGAUAGAAAAGAACAGAACAUGUUUGUUUUUUUUUUUUUCCUUCCUGAUGUAGCUACCAGCUAAUUUUUAAUCUAAAAUAAUGGUGAUGGAUUUUUAAGUGCCUGGGGUGAUAGCCUGUGUGCAAUAAGUCUGGAUCAAUCACCGCAGAAUUUCCUUAUGUGUACAUGUAAUAAAGUGGAAGACACUUUAUUCACCCAAAUUCCUCUUGGAGAGAGGGAGUAUGAGUUUGGAAGAAAUAGUUUGAGAAGCCUGUUGAAAUCAGGAUGGGGAACUCCAAGUGGCAAAUUCAGGAUUCAGAAAGUGUUCCAAAUGCCUUCUAAAGAGGCUGAGACCUGCCAUCUGGAGGACUUUGUUUUUCUGAAUACUGAGAUGGUCAAGUCUAUAAGGUUGGAGGUUUGGAGCUGCCAUGUAUCUAAAUUGCUUUUAAUAACAGAGGGGAAAAAGAAUUUGAUUUGUUGAUUCACUUAUCUAUUCAUUAUUUCAGACAUCUUUGUUGAGUCCUUUCUCUCCACGGUACUUGGUCAUAUUACAUGAGUGGAUGUGUUGCUGGGGCACACAGCAUGUGCUGGGGGUUUACAGAAGCUUCAGAAUAUACACGGAUCAUCUUCCUGGGGCAUUAGUGGACUCCAUAAAUGGAUUAUGGAGAUUCAAAAUUCAUCUCUGUUGUUAAAAACAUUACAUUUUGAAGAAGUUACUCGGCGUCCACUUGAGUCUGUGCUCUUAGGUAUUUCCUCCUCCUUCAUGUUAUGUACUUACUUUCCCUAGGCACAUGCCAAGUGCUGUAAGAAUUCAGAGGAUGGUGAGAACAUCUGUGGCAGUGGACAGAGUCAUGAGUGGCCACGAAGCCUUUCCGGAGGCAGGACUUGAGAUAAUUGCCUUUGAUGAGUUAAGGACGGAUUUUAAGAGCCCCAUAGACCAAUGCAACCCUGUUCAUGCGAGGGAGCGGCUGAGGAACAUCGAGCGCAUCUGCUUCCUUCUGCGAAAGCUGGUGCUGCCAGAAUACUCCAUCCAUAGCCUAUUCUGCAUCAUGUUCCUGUGUGCGCAAGAGUGGCUCACGCUGGGGCUGAAUGUCCCUCUACUUUUCUAUCACUUCUGGAGGUAUUUCCACUGUCCAGCAGAUAGCUCAGAACUAGCCUACGACCCACCGGUGGUCAUGAAUGCUGACACUUUGAGUUACUGUCAGAAGGAGGCCUGGUGUAAGCUGGCCUUCUAUCUCCUCUCCUUCUUCUACUAUCUUUACUGCAUGAUCUACACUUUAGUGAGCUCUUAACACAAAGGCCAUGCACGUCAUCAGAGACUGAGAUGGGAGAGGCCUGAGACCGAGAGCUGCAUUUCUGCUGGUGACUGGAGGAGGGACCAGAAUGGGGAAAUGUGAGAAAGAGACCUGGCAGGCAGUCUGACGAACGGGAGCUGGGAUCACGCAGCAGCUGGGAGCCGACUUAACCCUGCGCAUCUGUUGUCGCCCUGUGUGUCAAUCGUUGGCGUUCGAAUCCCACACAUGGGGUCACAGAGCCCUUCUGAACAUCAGUGGUGUGGGGGAGUACGUGACGAAACACUAGACCUCUCUCUCGAGAGAGAAUUGCUGCUUCCUGAAUCCACUUCAUUGAACAGCACUUGGCAAGUUCACAGUGGGUUCCUGGGCCAUGGGAGCGGAGGCUGGAAGGCUGGAAGGUGCUUGCUAAGGAACAGAACAACCCAGAGUCAAGGCCAAGGCUGCAGGGACCUGUUGAAAGCUGAGGAUGGGUGAAUAUUGGAAAGAUGGAUUUUUGAAAUGUUUGCAACAUGUUCAAAGUGUUAGUUCUCCACCACACAAGUUGUAUUAUUCUUUUGCCACCUCAAGCCAUCACAGUCAUUUAAUGCAAAUCAAUUGGUCAAUGCUAGUCAAAGCUAUGUUCUUAUAAAAACCCCAGACAGCUCAGAGCUCAGAAAAUCCUGUGGAGUGGCUGCUCUGUACCGUGGGCAUCCAGCAGCCAGGAAGGGCGACAAUAUAAUUAUAACUUCGUUUUAUGAUGCUGCAUCAUUUGUACUGGUUAGGUCGACGUGAGGACAUCAUCUUAUUUAGAAUUUUCCAUUUGGCAUUCUCUUUCGGGUGGGAGUUGUGCUGGGGGUUGUAAAUAAUGACAAGGCUGAGAUUUUUAUGAUGUUUAAAUUGGGCGUAAUGAUUUUGACCUUAUUCCCCAAACUUCUUUUUUCCCUACUGUUUAGCAUACACAGGCUAUUUAUACACGUCCCCAGCUCCCAUCUGAAACCUGUGACUCAGGUUUAUGAAUGGUGUUUGUGGAGCAACACAUUGUGCGCUAUGUUUAUUAAAAUGCAGCGACAAUUUGA